GAAAUGUAACUAAGCCUCUGAGCUGGCAUUCCUGACUUCCGCUCCUUUGAUAUGUCUGGCCUAACCCGAAGGCGUCGCACCGCCCAGCAGAUCCUCUUGCGACGAGCCUUGAACAAAAGCGUUAGCAGAGACCAUGCCACCACCGAAUUGGUCCGAAACCAGGGUGACGGUGUGGAAACCCCUUUCCUUAUCAGGGACUUGCAGCAGACUAGUCGAAUUCGGGAGAGAUCCUCGUCGAGAGCAGUGAGGAAACUGCACAGGAUUUUGGCAGCCAAUCCUUUUAGGCAUUUGGGUGAGAGGAACACGGCAGGAAAAUUGUCAGGCUGUGCACUCAAAAAGAAGGACUCUUGUUCCUGGAGGAAACUAAAGCCAAGUGAGGAUAAACCAACCUUAAGCAGUCACAGUUUGAAAACCAAUGAACAUUCUAGGGGCAGCACUCGAUCUCGACACAGUUCCUCCACUUAUCCCUCCACCUGGCAUCUAAAUCUCAGUAGAGCCAAGGAAGAACCGAAGGAGAAUUCAAACGGAUCCCUGGAAGAGAUUAUGAAUUGCUCGAUUCUCAAUCGAACGCCCUAUGAUCACCAGCUUAAUACGCCCCUCAAGUCGGAUAAUUCCUGUCAAUGCGCUAUAAAUAAGAAAGCUAGAAGAAGGAGCAGGAAAACCAAAGUAGUUCCUGGGGAAACUAAAAGAAGAUAUCCCUCGGAAGAUAGAAAUGUCCAACUAAGUGGCCUCUUCCAAAGAUUGAAAGAAAGGGUAUACAGCGGCGAGGAAUUCAGACAAGUUCAAAGGAUUUGCAAAGAUUCAUCCAAGAUCAGCAGAAACUCUAAGAUAUCUUUCGAUUGUAAAAAAAAUUGUCCUGGCCGAUCUUACAAGAAUUAUGGGGGCUACAGUCCCUCGGAAACGGAUAUUGAAAUGCCAGUUGAGUACCAACCUAAGAUACAAAGCCGAUCCGAUUAUCUUAACAAAAUAGAGAGGAUCAGCAAGCCCCCCUCAGGUUUAGGUAACAAUUGGAGCCUAAAACUGCCCAGCAAAACGGAAAUCCAACAAUAUAUGGACAACCCAGUCGUAGAUCAACCCAAGUACAAACCUCAAGAUCGGAAAGUACGGAGAAAGAUCUCUCAUUGCUAUUGUACAAAAGGGAAGAGAAACGUCAACGAAGAGACUGUACCGAAAAGACGUGGUCUAAAUAAAUAUAAUUUCUCAAAUGAAUCGAUACUUGGUAAUCAAAAAUCUAGCGAUAAAAUACCUUCACAAGCUAGCUUAUUAUCGUCUGAAAAAUUUUCUCAGCGCUUUAAUGAUAUAGAGGGUGAAGAUAAUUUAAGCCAAAGUGAUUUUGGGAAACCAAAUGCUUACCAACAAAAUGAGAUACCUUACGGGAAGAACACUUCAAAUGUCUAUCAAAGCAAUAAAUAUGAUAGUAAAAGACAUCGUUACUCUGACCGAGAUGAAUACUCUUCAAAUAAUUCAGAUAAUCCAAAAACAAGGAUAUCAGCCAAGUACAAUCAAACGGAUAAAGCAUCCUUCAAUGCCAGGAAACAUCAAUCUUCAGAGUAUCGGAAUGCUGGUGAUCAAAGAGCCACUCGAAGUUUAAGUUCUAAGGACCCAUCUCUCGCAUCCUUGAAAAUGGCAAACGCGGAGAAAGCAAGAAGAGCAAAAAACAGUGGUCCAAAAUGCGUUGAAGCCAUUACCCAGACUUCUGAAUUAGUUAUAACCUAUAGAAACUCUUCAGAAAUGCCUAACAAUGCAGAACAACCCAAGAAAAUUCAGAAAAAUGUAGUAAGAUCCAACUUGGAAACGUCCAAUCAAGAAAAUGUCAAGCAAGUACAGUCAGGUAAAACUCCCAAGUCCCAACAGGAUAAGGCACCUCUAUCGAAACCAACUGGCUUACGGGGAGUACAAUCCAAUUCUCUUAUACUUGAAUCCCAUGAAGACCAAUAUGGCGUAGUACAAUCUAGUAAAGAAGAACUUGAAUCGCCCCAAGAAUCCUAUCAAUCGCACGCAAACUCGGUAAGAUCCGAUAUAGGAACACCCAAUCAAGAAAAUAUUAAGCAAGUAAAAUCAGUUAAAGCGACUCCGAAGUCCCAACAACCCCGACAAAUGAAAAGGAAACCUUCGAAACUAUCAAUUCAAUCUAACAAAAUGCAAAGUAAGCCACAAAAAUCCAAACCCACUGGUUUAAGUCUAGUGCCAUCCAGAUCCUUUAUAAAUCUAUCCGAAGAAAAGCAACCCGGUCUAGCAAAAUCCAGUUCCAUAGAACUAAUAGCACCUGAAGUUACUGCUCCAAAAACUAAAAAGGUAAUUCAUCCUCGGAAAAGGAAAAGAAGUCGAUGUCGCAGUUGCUGUAGUCAAUGUAGUACUCGAAAAAGAUCCUUGAAAAAACCUAACCCAUCCGAUAAAACUAAAAGUCCCAUGUGUGAAAAUUGCCAAUGCAAAAUACCGUCCACAAAGUCCAAAGAGGGAAUAUCCAAAUUGUCAACUAGCAAAGGCAAUUGUGAUGUUCGGGAACUAUUAGAUAUUUUGCAUAAAACUGUAGCAGGACUGGAGAAACAAAUGAAUAACACAAAGGGAUUUAAAACAUCUAAGAACAGCAAGUCAAAAUCAAAAUUAAAUGAUAUUCAGAAUAAACCUUUUAUUGAUGUCCGUGCACAACACUUUCCUUACCCGCAAGAUAAAUAUAAUUCGGAAAGAAAUAGAUUCGAUGAGGGUAUGCCUACGUUUCGAAAUCAACAAUAUAGUUCAACUACUCCUACCAAUGCUGAAAGAACAAGGGAUGUAUACCAAAAUGAUGAUUAUAGUAAUAGAAGAUUUGGUUUCGAUGGUGGAAACUCUUCGAAUAUUUUUCGAACUAAUUCGUAUACGGGUUUUACAGGUCCUAAAUCUUCAAGUUACGGAGCAAGUCCAAAUAGUGUUGAAAUAUCUGCAAUUUCCUACCAAAAUAACCCAAUUCAAAGGCCAGCUAUGCCUGAAAACGACUCUUUUAAUAAAGGUUUAGGCCCAGCCAAUGUUCGAGAUUCGGCAGCUCCUCCCUCUUUAAAUAAUGAAGCAAGUCUAAAUUAUAGUCAACCAUCAGCAAAUAACUAUCACAACAACACAUUUGAAAGGCAACCAUUUCCCCAAAAUGACCGAUUUGAUAAUGGAUCCAACGCUCUCAAUGAUGAAGUGCCAUAUAGGAAUGAAGAACCAUAUAGAAAAAAUGAAUAUGAUUACCCCAAAGAAAUAAGCGAACGUAAAAGUCAACCGUAUCGAAACCAAGAACCCUUUAAAGAACCUAUAGGCAUUACAAAUGAAACACAAGGACAAACCAUGGGAUAUUAUAAUAAUCAAAGUUUUAAUCAACCAUUGAUUCGAGCGUGUCUAUGCACUAGAAAUGAUCCCCAAAUGGAGGUUUACGAACAGAGCCCUCUUGCUAGGAAGCCAAUGACGGAUUCAGCUUAUAGCCAAGGCUCAAAAGGUACAACAAGUUCAGGAAGAACGAAUCCUAAGGAAAUAUGCAGGGGACCAGAGUUUUGCCCAUAUCGAAGUAUGUACAAUGCAGACGAUGGUCAAAGAAACAGAGGUCCAGUAACCUUUCAAGAUGUACAUCCAGAUAUACCUAACACAGAAAGCAGGGUCCAAAAGCCCCUACAAAUAUGUGACAAUUCUAUUUGCCCUUAUGCAUCACAAAAUUCUAAAUCGUGGAAUAGUCCAAGCCUUCCCAUUUCAAACCAAACUCAACCUUAUCCAACUGAAAUUGACUUACCCAAGUGCAACCCUGAAUGUGUUUAUGAACAAUCAAUAAAUUCAGGAUCUUGCAAAGGCCCCGAAUAUUGCCCAUAUCGAAACAAUCGAGGGGCAGUAACUUUUGAAGACAGCAGUAGAUCCAGAAAUUAUCAAGACCCUUCAACUGGCCAAGAAGCAAUGCAAUAUUCCACAUUGCGGGAGAAUCCAAUUUACCCCAUGUCAAAUAGAACUCAAUCUUAUCCAAGGGAAAAUGAUCUUACGAAGGGAGAGAUCGAAUGUUAUUGUGAUCAAAAGGAGAGACACAUACCUUUUCAAAAGGGUGGCACCGCUAAUAACUCUGAAGACUUUUGCGGAAUCCCAUAUUGUCCAGAAAAUAAUACCAUUAAUAAUGUAUCAACCCGGACUGAAAGAAGACAAGCUUAUCCCGACUUUCCAGAACAAGAGCCGCUUUAUAGGAGUUCCAAUAAAUAUCAAAACAAAAACGCAUAUCAACAAGAACUACGCGAAUGUCCUGGAAGACAACUGCUUUUAGAGCACCCAAAUGAACAAAUUUGUCCAAGUAGAGCAGUAGAAAAUGUAAACUAUGCAGAAAACCAAACAUAUUUUAAUGACCCCAGGCAUCAGAAGCUUAAAGAGUCUUAUAGAACAGAAGAGUGUUUACUAACUUGUCCGACAAGACUAAAGUGCUCUUAUCCAGAUGAUACAAGAAGAGGAGGUCCACGAUUUACUGUAGUUAGCAGUAACAGAAGAGAAGAAAAAGACAUUAGAACAAAGAAUAAUAAACAAUCAUACCUAGCUGCAAAUGAUUUAGAACCAUGCUUAAGUCCCAAAUGUCCCAAUAGAUUAAAUAGAGUUUCCAAUAAAGAGAAUUUUUGCAACAACCGGCAAUGUCCUGACAAACGAAUAAAAUCGAAUAAGAAAGCAAAACAAGUUUACCAAGACGAUAAUCCUAACGAUUUAUGUGAAAACCCAAAUUGUCCCGAUAAAAACCCGACAAAUAGGGAACGAUAUACGAUCAAUAACUCUAUAAAUGACAAUAAAAAAUGGAAAGGGGAAAGGCAAACACAAUUAGAGGAAAACACAGAAGAUGUGGAUUCUCAGGAUUCAUGCCCUGAAGAUUGUCCUAAUCGAGGAUACUUUACAAAUCUUAAUAAUCAAAACAAAAAACCAACUGAUGAUUGGAAAACCUGCGGAAAUCCAAAAUGCCCAGAUAGAUCAAAAAGGCUCUCCAAAAAGGAGAAUUGGCGCAAGGAUUCAAAGACCCCCGAAAGAAAAAGGUGCACAACUCAAAGAUAUGAAAAAGCUUAUGAUAAUUCGGAAGGUCCUAUUAAAAAUAGAACAAACAGGGAUCAAAAUAAGUAUCCAUCUAACAACGAUCAUUAUAAUAGUCUUAGUUCCAAAAGAAAAAACGAUCAGCAGUUGUGUGAGAAUCCAAAAUGCCCUGAUAAAAAUAACAUACACAAGAAACGGAAGGAAAAUGGAUAUGCAGCACAUGAUUCGCAAAGAUCAACAGGUCAAAAACAGAAACCAAGAUCAAUAUGCUCCGAUCCCGACUGUCCAGGUCGGGAAGAUAAAGAUAACGACACUCAGUAUGAGAAAGAUCCAGACAUAAAUCGUACAAAUGGUUAUGAUCGCCAACGGUAUCGAUUUAACAAUGAUAUAAAUAAUGGUAAAACGGAUAAUGGUUUUGGAUUCUGCGACAAUCCGAAAUGCCCAGAUAGACUAAGAGAAGUUGACAAUAGAAAGAAUUAUGAAGAUAAUCAUUAUGAAAACAAACUUUGUGAGAAUCCACAUUGUCCCGAUAAAUUAAAUACAUCAUCAAAGAGGGAAAAGUAUUCAACAGAUAGAGAAAGAGAUUCGAAUGACAAAUGCUAUUGUACAGAUGAGUUAGAUCUCUGCUCUAUGGAUUGUCCUGAGCGUUAUCGAGUUCUUUUUACCGAUCUGCGUAGAUGUAAGAAUAAACAAAAUAAAACAAGUCGUCAAAGCAGUGGAAGAGCGGAUAUAUACGAUGAUGAUCACAUCAAAACAAAGUCCUGUAAUGCAUGCAAGCGUUAUGUACCUCUUGAAAGGGAUCGUCAGGCGAUUAACAAAUAUUGUAAUCCCUGUAGAUCUGAAGCAGCAAAGAAGACCGAAUCCGUAGAAAGCUUCGUAAGAGCCAUCUGCAUAAGCCCUGGCAAGCAAGCACCAAUUUUUGUUAGAAAUAGACACAAUCCCCUUGUGACGGAUCCGAUUUUUAAUAGCUACGACAAACAUAUUUUGAAAAAUUUUGAAAAAUAUAAAGAGGAAAAUAAACUGCGAAAAUGUAUUGAAGACUGUCCUUUUAUUGGUCGUAAGAAUAUUUCGCAGAAAAGUUCCUCUGAUUGCAGUUGCGAAAUAGAACCCCAAGAAUAUAGCUCCCCGUGCGAUUGCCAAAGAGAAGAAAUUGUAGAACACGAAGAUACGAAAAAAAACAAAUCCAAAGUCUCAUUCUUCGGGUGCUGUACAAUAUUACCAAAAGAUGAAAGUAAAUCGGAGCCCGAACCACAGAGAAAAAUUGAGCCUGCUCAAAAGGAGAAAACUGGAUCUAAACCAAUAGAGAAAACUGAAUCAAAAUUGAGUGGAUUUAGCUGUUUCAAAAGAAAGGAAAAACCUCCACAAGAAAAAACUAAGCCAAAAGAGAAAACUGCAUCGAAGACGAGUGGAUUUAGCUGUUUCAAAAGGAAGGAAAAGGCUCCCCAGGAAAAGCCGAAACCCAAAGAGAAGACACAAUCUAAGUCAAGUGGAUUUACCUAUAUCAAACAAAAGGAAACGGUUCCCCAGGAAGAGCCGAAACCUAAAGAGAAAGCACCAGCAUCAACCAAAUCGAGUGGUUUUCUCUGUUUCAAAAAAACCGAAAAACGGCCCAAAGAAGAUAAACGUGGAAAUGAAAAAGUCAAAGAUUCAAGUGAAAAACAAUCGAAGCGAAGUGGAUUUUUCAGUUGGUACAGAAAAUCCGAUACUCCCAAGGAGUAUAGGCUAAAAAAAGAGGAAGUUCCCUCGACUCCAGAUUGCACAUGUAAAAGUGAAUCGCCACCCAAAGAUGAAGAGGUUCCCAUGCUUCAACCUUCAGUUCCCUUCCGCUGUCCAUGUGCCCCCGAUGAAAUCGGCGAUGGCGAGGUAAAGGUCUUAUAUGACUCCAGUUUCCGUUUCCAGAAAGAGAGCUGCAGUUGUGCUGAAGUUCCAAAAACCAUAUAUUGCCAUAAUAAUCCCCAAAACCCUGGACAGGAGACUUCGGAUUGGUAUGCUUCAUCGCGUGCAAGUUCAACAAUAUCCUGCCGCCAAAAUAUCGAGGAGCAGGAGAUACCAUACUGCCCAUGUGCCAGUGCAAAUGGGUUCUAUAAAAUUGUGCGGUAACUAUGAUUGAGAGUUUCAACGAAAACAUAAAUUUUUGAGAAAAUUCCCAAUCAUAAUUACUCAAAGUAAGUAGUUAAGAUCAGUACAAAAUGUAUAUUUAAAUCAAAUAAAAAU